AUGAGCACCCUAUCAGCCGAUGAAAUCUGUUGUUUGAAUGCAAUUGCCCAGUUUUUGCUUGAGGAUGAAUUCUCCAACGAGACAAUGAAUUCCCCUUCACCAACAGCUACUGUUUUUUCUGGGGAGGAUCAAAAAAUGCAUUACAGGGGAGUGAGGUUCGUUAAGGCUGGCGGAAAGUAUGCUGCAGAGAUUCGAAACACAGAGAAGAAGGGUUCCAGACUUUGGCUUGGCACCUUCGAUACACCAGAAGAAGCUGCAGCGGCAUAUGACCGUAAGGCUUUCCAAAUGCGCGGUUCAAAGGCUAUUCUUAACUUCCCUCUCAACGUUGAGUCUGGACUGUAUGUAGAUCGCUUCUCUCAAUCCUCCUCUUCUCACAGAAAAUCGGAAAGAUGA